CCUUUCUCCACCCACUCCUGUGUUUUCAUGGUCAAUAGUACCAACACCCCUAGCAGGGGCAUACGCAUAAAACAAAGCUUUUUUUCCCCCCCUGUAUUUUCUUAUUUGUGAUUUUGUCAGCCUUAUCGUCUUGUCUCUCUGGAAAACUAUGCUCCGCUUGACAGCCGGACGUGUAGCGGGGCUUUUGUCCAGACGAGGAGCGGCUGCAUUCAGCUCCAGCAGCGUCAAGAUGGCCAGCCAUGGGCAUGGUGGGGUGACAGAACAGGCAGAUAUGUCUGUACCCCUGUACUGGGACCGAAUGGACACUGCUCUGCCUGAUAAACCAUACAAAGACACCCUCAGUGCUGCAGACAAGAGCCUGAAGCAGAAGGAGAAAGGCCCCUGGAACAGCCGCUCCAAAGAGGAGAAACUUACGCAGGUUAUGCAGGUGAAGAGGAUGCUGGACAUGCGGGUGAACCCUGUGGAGGGGUUCUCAGCCAAAUGGGACUAUGAGAAGGGCCAGUGGAAAUAGAUUAAAGGAAAUGCAGCUGUGAGAAACACAUCAAAGCCUUGCUACUUAUCUGGCUUUCUCCUUUGUCAGUCUUCAUGCAUUGCUAUGCCGUCCUUUAUGCGAACAUUUGAAUAUUAUCCAAUGGGCAACCUCAUAAAAUUUGAGCAAGCAUGAAAAUGUCCACAACACUGAAUGAAUCACAAGCAUUUCCUCUUGACUGACAGAAGUAAAACUUGAAAGAAAUAACAUCAUGUAUCUUUGUAUUCGUUCAACAAAA